AGAAUUAAGUUUUUGGUAGUUGUGGCUGCUGCUCUGGCAGUGGUGAGCGCCGCUAGCCUUUCAUUGGAGGACCGGGAGUUCCAUACCUGGGAACUGAAGUUUGGAAAAUGAGGAGUACAGACGCAUCAUCUCCCAGCGCUGCCUGGGCUCCUUCAAUGCCUCCAAGCCCCGUGGCGGCUCUCCCUUCUUACCCAUGCUUGGGGAUAAUGAUCUGCCCACCACCAUGGACUGGAGGGACAAGGGCUAUGUCACCUCCAUCAAGGAUCAGAAGGAUUGUGGCGCCUGCUGGGCUUUCAGCACGACUGGCUCUCUGGAAGGCCAGCACUACAGGAAGACCAAUAAGCUGGUGUCCCUCAGUGAGCAGCAGCUGGUUGACAGCUCCGGCAAGAUCGGCAAUAUGGACUGCAUGGGCGGUCUCAUGGACUAGGCCUUCGAGUACAUCAAGUCCUUGGCCCCUGGAGGCCUGGACACUGAGGACUCCUAUGCCUACCAUGCUGAGACCCUGGGCAUCGGAUACGGGCAGUUGCGUUUCACAUAG